AUGCUGGCAAGAAAGUUCCGUGCAGUGUACACUGAGGUGGUCGCCUUCGAGUCGAGACUGUUCGCAUCGAAGAGCGACCGCCAAGGUCGCAAGAUAGUCUUUCGGGUCGCCCAGAAGGGUUUCUUCAAUAGCACUUCAGCCGACGUCCCCACCGAAGACGAGGAGUCGCCAGCCGUUCCGCUGGUCGCCCACAGGCGGAAGUUCCGUCCGCCGCCCUUCUCGCACGGAACCGAGCGCCCACGUGCCCAAUCCUCCGAAUUGCUCACCAUGCCGAGCCUCGAGAGUUUUGAAGAGCAUUUCGGGGGGGGGCCGGCACAACUUUAUCCAGACAGGCACAAAGAAACCAGCGCAGUAAUAAAUGGCCGAUUGAAAGCGUUUGGGAUUUCUAGCGACGGAAGAACGCAUCAGGACGGAUUAGUCGUCGAGCAUAUGGGGAAAAGUUUGAAGGAGCCGCCAUUUGCGGAUUCCCAGGCAUGGAAGGAGACGACCUUUCCGCCGCAGAAUGGAGACUCCCACUCAGAUUUUAUGAGAAGUAGUAUCCAACGGGGCCAUGCCGGUUCCGUCGGACUGCACAUUCCGUCCGGAACCGAGGGCGCUCCGGAAGAUCCUGAGGUGGAGCUUGCAGACCUUCUAGACGCAAUUCCCGAGCCCCCGUGUUUGCCUGGGGCCUUUUCACACCCGGCACACAUCCGGCAAGGGCACGAGCUGGCGGGAAUAGGCGCAGCUUUUGCAGCAAUGCCCGAAGAAGGGGUUCACGAGAGCGAAGAAGAAAUGGGGCGCGCAGGGAGGUUCUCCUGUCGAGAUAUGCCCGGUUUCGGAGGGCAUCCCAAUAUCAGGUGGCAGAAAAACCCGGGGCGUCGGGCCGGUUUGGGUCUUGGGGAGAAUGCAGAUUACCCUUUAUAUGGUGCAUUUUCCGACGGCGGCUUACGGCAUGAACCAGGCGCGAGGCGGGAGGAGAGUGCAGGAUGUAAGGAACUGAUCCCGUUUGGAGAUCCCCUCGACGCGGAAAGGAUGCAGAGAACCGGUGGUUUUGAAGGAGAUUCCGAAGAACUUUCUUUCAGACCGCGCGGACUGCUGUCCUGGAACGAAGCAGAGACGCUUCCGCCGGAGCUGGAGUCUGAGCGGAACGAGGACCCCGUCCUGAGCGCGGGGCGGAAUGAAGCGGAUUCUGGCGGAAUGGAAGUCGAGCAGAAGUGCGGCGCUCGGCUAGCGGUGCUCGGGGAAGCGCUGAUGUGCUCGGUGUGCGCUUUCGGAGUGAAACUUUCGCCCGAAGAGGAGCUCUAUCGGGUGGUUAAAGCUCUCGAGUACAACCCAGAAACGUGCGAACACAAGAUCUGCCCCUUCUUUGAAGAUCCCAAGACGGGCGCUUUCUGGGCGGAUCUGUCGAAGUUCGAAACGCGGAUUCUGCAGCACACCGAGUUCGACGAGUUCGGCAACCCCCCGGAAUCCGUUUACCCCCAGAGAAAGAAGCGGAAGGACGGGGAGCGGAAGCGGGGCAGAGGCGCGGAAGGGCGGAGCAACCGGAAUGGCAACGGAAUCGAUGAGUGGCCUCCGGAACAUGUGGGUCGGAGCCCCAGGAUGGUAAGAGGGGUCGAGACAAAAGGUGGGGGGGUCAAUACAUUCCGAAAAAGAGCUCCUGUCGAACCCCCCAGUUUCAGUUUCGAGGAGCAUGCGCGCGCACUGGAGUUGGCCCCGAGCGGCUUCCGCUUCGUCAUCGAAACGGAACCGGCACCGAGCGCUCUGACUCUGCACGGGUGCCAACGGCACCUUUUUGGUAUUCCGCCGGAGCCGGUCGACGGAAGCGGAACAAGGCUCUUCCACAACCUCCCGGUAGGGCCCCACCCUCCCCUGCCGAGCGACUCCCCGACCACAACCCUCCUGAAAUCCUUCUUUUCCAGCCCUCGAGAGACGGCCCCGGGGGGCUAUGUCAGCCCCGGAGAGACUCCCCCGGGGAGUUUUUCCAGCCCGCGGGGGAUCCCCCCGGGGGGCCUGACCGUCCUUCUGUUUGGAGCCCUAGACGAGAGCUUCGGCGUCCAGCUGGAGAGCCUGGGCUGCGGAAUCCGGCGGUACGUGUGCGUCGGAACGGAUCCCGCCUGCCACGUGGCGGUCCGUGAGUGGUGGAGACACUACAACCCGUCUGCUGAGGCGGGGCUGAAGUUCUAUGCGGAUCCGAGGGAUCUGUCGGCGGCGGAGAUUGCGGGGCUGUUAGCAGAUGGGCCGAUCGACCUUGUCGUGGCUAAGGACGUUCCGGCGAGCGCUAACGGAAACGGAACGUUUAACGGCGGAUUGGUGGGUGGGGGAGAAAUUGGUGGUUGUGGCUUUGACGAGAGGUCUGGCAUGCCGUUUGAUGGAAUCAGAGCGGAAGGCGAACCGGAAGCGGAGUCGGACGAAGACUUCUCGGGGCUGUUCAUAGAGUUCCUUCGCAUUCUGGACUGUAUCGAGCCGCUUCAGCUUGUGAGGAGAGGUUAG